AUUUUAAGGAACAAAAAUUUUCAGGUGCAGGGAAAACUUUGCCGUUGGAGAAUAACGUCAAAUUCUCCUCCUCCCUGUCACAUUGUAGAAACCGAAUCAAGACAAAAAAGAAAAGCUUUUCCAAAAAAAUAAAUAAACAAUUUUUUUUUAAGAAAAAACCCAGCAAGUCAAUCUAUUCAAAUUUGCCUUCAUCACAUUCAACACAGGGUCUCGUGCUAUGAAGAAUUCGUCUUCAGAGGAGUUAGACACUUACUAUCCUGUUAGGCCCGAAUGCCUAGCUGAUGUUCCCAAGACCCGCUUCAAAGCAAGGGUAGGAAAAACUCUUAGUGAAAGAAGAUGGAAAGCUGCAUUCUCUAAAGAUGGUUAUUUGGAUAUAGCUGGUGUUCUUCGACGAAUACAACGAGGGGGGAUUCAUCCAUCAAUUAAAGGGGCAGCCUGGGAGUUCCUGUUGGGUUGUUUUGAUCCUGAAAGCACAUUUGAGGAAAGAAAUCAACUUAGACAACAGCGAAGGGAGCAGUAUGCUGCAUGGAAAUCUGAAUGUCAAAAGAUAGUGCCUGUCAUCGGCAGUGGGAAAUUCAUCACUAGUGCUAUAGUCUCUAAUGAUGGGCAACCUAUAGCAUCUGAUGAUGGGCAACCUAUAGAGUGUGCAACUAGUACCAGUAAUUCACAAGAUAAUAGUGAUGCCAUGCCAGCUGAUAAUGGUAAUUUUGACAAGAAAAUGCUUCAGUGGAAGCUUAGCUUGCAUCAAAUUGGUCUGGAUGUUGUUCGAACGGAUCGUACUCUUGUAUUUUACGAGAAUGAAGCUAAUCAGGCAAAACUUUGGGAUGUACUUGCUGUCUAUGCCUGGAUGGAUAAAGAUAUUGGUUAUGUUCAAGGAAUGAGUGAUAUUUGCUCUCCAAUGAUAAUUCUACUUGAGAAUGAAGCAGAUGCAUACUGGUGCUUCGAACGUGCAAUGCGUCGAUUGCGAGAGAACUUCAAGUGCAGCACAGAUUCUAUUGGAGUGCAGUCUCAGCUAAGUACUCUAGCUCAAAUUGUUAAAACCGUCGAUCCAAAGCUUCAUCAACACCUGGCUAUAAUUUUAUCGGCAGAGGAGCUAGAUGGUGGAGAAUAUCUGUUUGCAUUUCGCAUGCUGAUGGUACUUUUCCGCAGGGAGUUCUCGUUCGUUGACUCACUCUAUCUUUGGGAGGUGAUGUGGGCCAUGGAAUACAAUCCGAAUAUAUAUUCAUCAUAUGAUGACAAAAGACAACCCCUUCUUUCUGAAUUAUUAUAUGAUGAUAAACCCAAUGAUAAGCAUAAACUAAAGGAAUAUGGGAAGUUUGAAAGGAACAAUUUGAAAACUGGUGCGGCGGAACAGAAUAGUGCUCUUUCUGUUUUCCUGGUUGCAAGUGUUUUAGAGACCAAGCAUAGACGACUUAUGAAAGAGGCGAAAGGCCUAGAUGAUGUUGUAGAGAUCUUGGGUGAAAUAUCUGGGAAUUUGGAUGCAAGAAAAGCAUUAGAUGAGGCAUUGAAGGUUCAUAAGAAGUAUUUGAAACAGGCUAAAAAAUCAUAGUUGGAGUUGCUAGUGGUCACUGCAGCAAGCACCUCCUGUGGUUAAAAGUCUUGUUUUCAUUUUUGUUUUUUCAUUGUUAAUUUCAAUUUUUAAACUCUUUUUUUGGGAGUUUAUCCUCUUGCUCUUUAACCCUUUUCCCUUUUUUUCUUAGAGGUGUGUAAUUCCUCUUUGAAUUUAUGAGUCAUGUCUGUCUUCUUUCUUUUGGUGGUUGGUCUACAGCUCUAUAAGAAAGAGGAGCAUGUAUAUAAGUUAAGAUAUGAAAUGUACAUGACAUGUUUUUUUUAAUUCAAGUAUUUUAACUA